AUGGCGAAUCAAGGACGACAUGGAGAAUUGGGGUUAGGUCUUCCGAGAAAUAUUGAUUAUGAUAACCAAGACAACUUGAAUAACCCGGAAAACGAGAAUAACCAAAGGAACCCCAAUAACCAAGGAGUACCGCCUGUCGUACCCGCAAGACCAGUCUGUGAUGUGGCAGUCCCACUCACAUCCAAUUUGGCAUCUAGUAUUAGGAAACCUCCACCGGGGGGUAGAUUUGAACUAAAGCAGAGCAUGGUACAAAUCCUCCAUUUUAAUGGUCAAUUCACUGGUCUCCCCCAUGAGGAUCCUCAAAUCCAUCUUAGGACUUUCAUAGACAUUACCAAUACAUACAUCCCAAUUGGAGUCUCAUCAGACUAUGUAAGGUUGACAUUGUUCCCAUACUCAUUGUUAGGAGCUGCAAGGCGUUGGUUAGACUCUGAGCCACCAAGCUCCAUCACUACUUGGGAUGAUCUAGCAAAGAAGUUUCUGAGUCAAUUUUUCUCAUCCAAGAAAACAGCUAAGCUGAGGGACUAUAAUGCUCGUGCUCUUCUUAAUAGUGCAGCAGGUGGACAUGCCUUAUCCAUAACAAGUGAAGAGUUCUUCGCCUUACCCGAUAAACUUUCUGAAGGGAACCAAGGGUAUGAGGGGGAAAUGUCUAGAACCCUAACUCAAAAGGCUGCAGGGAUCUUAGAUGUAGACCAAGCUACUACCAUAAAUGCCAAAUUAGAUUCAAUGCAAUAUAACAUGACCUUACAUUUUAAACAAAUGGAUCUAAAUCAGGCACCGGUAAACAUGGUACAACAGGCAGCCAAUUGGUGUGAGGUAUGUGGCAGUGGAACUCAUGAAACCGAGCAAUGUGAGGCAAACCCGAAUUUAAACUAUGUGGGUAAUGCGCAAAGGGGUGGAGUGCAACAAAAUUAUGGUAAUACUUACAACCCUAGUUGGAAGAACCAUCCUAACUUCUCAAGGGGUGGUAACCAAAACCAAAAUCAGGUGCAAGGGGUUAACCAAUACCGUUCUCAAGGGGCUGGGCAACAAUACUACAAUCCUAACCAAGGCUCAAAUCCUAGUGCACUAAAAGGGGGAAUGACCAAUGAAGAGCUACUCCAAAAGCUCAUGACUGAAAUAGGGACCAAAUUAAAUGCUAGGGUAGAUAAGCAGGAUGAGAACAUUAGAAACAUCAAGAUGUCCCAAAUGAGUUUAGAGAAACAAGUUGCACAAGUGGCUAAUUCUUUGAACUUGCGUUCCUAA